UAUAAAUAAUUUAUAUUGAAAAUUUAUUGAUUAGGAAUGAGUAUUAGAUGUUAAUUGUGGAGUAGUAGUCAAGACCUAAAACGUUUUAAGUAACUGGGGUUAAGGGGUUAUAUUUUGAUGAAUAUUACGGAAUCUGAGAAAGAUAGUUAAAUUUCUCCAAAUACCGUUUUUGUAGUUCUCAUUGCACUCUACCGAAAAAGGUCCUCACCAAUCAAAUUUCGCUGUAACUCUUAGAUUCGGAAAUAUUUCUCAAAACCUCAGUUAGGGGCUAAGUUGAUUCAAAUCGUUUUAAGUGUUUGCCACUAAAAAUUACGAAACUCAAUAAUAUUCUUGAUCUGUUUCAGCUAUGCGCGAAGGUUGUCAACCUCCUAGGAAGAAGUUGAAAACUGAAAUACAUACAGAUGAUAACCCAGAAAGUGUGCCACCGUUGACACAAGAAGCCAGUGUUGUCGGCGGAUAUGCUUCCACUCGAUGUAAUGCAGGUGUUCAAGUGGAUAUUCAGCCCGUUAAAUUUGAUGCAGAGGUUCAAGUCUGUAAUCCACGUCGUGAUAUAGCGGUACAAGUACAAUUCGAUAAGUUGGAUGCUGCGGUCCAAACGGUUAUUCCACAAACACGAGUUGACAAGGAGAUACAAACUGAUCGUUCAGUGGUUGAUGAAGUUAUUGGGAAUGAGGAGCAACUAAAGGCAUUCACUGGUCUACAUUCGUUUGCCUUGUUGACGUCUGUCAUCAUCUGUGUUACAGAAUUGAAGAAGAGGAUGGGAGAAAAUUUGAAUGAUCGCCAAGAUAUUCCUCACGACAUUUUGGUUCAGUUAGGGUAUCGUGACGCAUAGCUGGAGUCCCCUUAAAUGACGAAAAUAAAAGAUUAUUAAUUUU